CGACAAACGAAGAUGAAGAUCAACGUCGACGGCCUGCUCGUCUACUUUCCAUUCGAUUACAUCUACCCGGAGCAGUACGAGUACAUGCUCGAGCUCAAGCGAUCGAUCGAUGCCAAGGGUCAUUGCGUGCUGGAAAUGCCGUCGGGCACUGGCAAAACCAUCUCCCUGUUGUCUCUAAUCAUCUCACACCAAAUGGUCAAUCCUCAAAUGGGCAAGCUUAUUUAUUGCUCUCGAACAGUGCCGGAGAUCGAGAAGGUUUUGGACGAAAUGACAAAGCUCGUCGCUUAUAUUGAGUCAGAAACGGGUCAGCGGCUCAAGUUUUUGGGUCUGGGUUUGAGUGCGCGUAAAAACAUGUGCAUUCAUCCGGAGGUGAGCAAAGAGCGCGACGGCAAGCUCGUCGACUCCAAGUGCCGAGAGCUCACAGCGUCGUGGGUCCGCACGCGCGCCGAGAACAAUUCCGAAGUCGAGCUGUGCAGCUUUUAUGAGGAGUUUGACCGUUCGGGUCGAGAGGCCUUGCUGCCUGCCGGUGUCUACACGCUUGACGAGUUGCGUGCCUUUGGGCAACGACAGAAUUGGUGCCCCUAUUACCUGGCGCGUCAUAUGAUUUCGUUCGCAAAUGUCAUUGUCUACAGCUACCACUACCUGCUCGAUCCAAAGAUUGCCAAUUUGGUCUCCAAGGAGCUUGCCAAGGAGUCGGUGGUCGUGUUUGACGAGGCCCACAACAUUGACAACGUCUGCAUCGAGUCCAUGUCGGUCGAAAUCACCAAGCGCACGCUGGACAACAGCACGCGUAAUUUGAACGCGCUCGCAUCGACAAUCAGCGAGAUCAAGCAAACCGACACUGCGCGUCUGCAGGACGAGUACACACGCUUGGUCCAAGGGCUGCGCGAGGCCAACACGGCCAGAGAGACCGAUUUGGUGCUGGCCAACCCUGUUCUUCCCGACGAAAUCAUGCAAGAGGCGGUACCCGGCACCAUCCGUCGAGCGGAGCAUUUCGUCGCCUUCCUGCGGCGGUUUGUCGAGUAUUUGAAGAAUCGUCUGCGAGUGCAACAUGUCGUGGCCGAAAACCCAACCUCCUUUUUGCAAGACUUGUACCAAGCUGUGCAGAUUGAUCGAAAGCCAUUGCGCUUUUGCGCAGAGCGCUUGGGCUCCCUGGUCCGCACGCUCGAGCUGCCAAACAUGGACGACUUUUCUGCCUUGGUGACGGUCGCAAACUUUGCAACGCUUGUGAGCACGUACGCGAAGGGGUUUAGUCUCAUCAUUGAGCCGUUCGACGACCGCACGCCGACCAUUCCCAAUCCAGUCCUCUACUUUUCGUGCAUGGACGCCUCCCUCGCUAUCAAGCCUAUUUUCGAUCGCUUCCAGACCGUGGUCAUCACCUCGGGCACGCUGUCUCCCAUCGAGAUGUAUCCCAAAAUCCUCAAUUUCCAGCCAGUGACGGCCCAAAGUUUCACCAUGACACUCUCCCGCAACUGCGUCUGCCCCGUGAUUGUCACCCGCGGCAGUGACCAGGUCGCCGUCAGCAGUCGCUUCCAAGUGCGUGACGAUCCUGCCGUUGUGCGCAACUAUGGCUCCCUGCUGGUGGACCUGAGCGCGGUCGUGCCCGAUGGCCUUGUGUGCUUCUUCCCCAGUUAUACCUACAUGGAGUCGAUUGUUGCCAAAUGGCACGAGCAAGGUGUAUUAACGAAUUUGUUGCGGAACAAGUUGGUCUUCAUUGAGACACAAGAUGGUGCCGAGACAAGUAUUGCCCUGGACAAUUAUCAGAAGGCGUGCGAAAACGGACGCGGGGCUGUGCUAUUGUCCGUCGCUCGAGGGAAGGUGUCUGAAGGCAUUGAUUUCGAUCAUCACUAUGGGCGAGCAGUCAUUCUUUUCGGCAUUCCUUACGUGUAUACUGAAAGUCGAAUUCUUCGAGCUCGUCUGGAUUAUCUGAGAGAGCAAUUCCAGAUCCGCGAGGGCGACUUUUUGACGUUUGAUGCACUGCGACACGGUGCCCAAUGCGUGGGUCGUGCGAUUCGAGGAAAGUCCGAUUACGGCAUGAUGAUUUUCGCCGACAAGCGAUUCGCUCGCUUGGACAAGAAGGGCAAGCUGCCGAAAUGGAUUCAACAAUACAUGACAGAUGACUUGUGCAAUCUGUCAGUGGACGAGGCGGUGCAGGUCGCCAAGCGAUUUUUGCGGAACAUGGCCCAGCCGUUCAACAAGGACGAUCAACUUGGCCUCUCGCUGUUGACGCUGGAGCAAGUCGAAGCGCGCGCCAAGCGACUGUCAGCCACGACGCAGCAUGCCGUUCCCAGCACGAGCUCUGCACCUGCACCAAUGUCGAUUGAUUGAUUGCCGACCUGACUGAUUUGGUUUUUGAUGUUAUCAGUUCACUCUUCUUUUCCGUUUCGUUUGUUCGAUUCAUUCGCCCCCCCCCCC